UGACGCUGAAGUGCCACUACUUUGCUGCAGUUCAGAUAUAACAGUUCUCUGCACAUCUCGACUAACACAGUAGUUCACCUUCAUCUGCCAUUCAGCAGUGAUGACUCCAUCAUACCUCUGCCUCCUCUAAUGGGAAUGGAUACAUAUCAGUUCAAGAACUGAAAUAAAGUUUUCUUCCUGGACUGCCAUCAUGGGGAAUAUAAUAAAAGGCCAUGUAACUGAGACUCACACUGCAACCAGCCAACUUGAUGCCUCAUUUAAAGCCACAGAUGAUGACAAUUUGGUUGUAAUUUCUGACUACCCAUGCCGAGGCAUAAGUGAGCCGAUGUUUAGGAUGGGAGAGAAACUGAAGGGUCUCUCUCAGGAAGCUUCCUGGUGGAAAGUCUGCUCUUUGCAAACUGGAACUGAGAACUACAUUCCAAAAAAUCAUGUGGCAAAGGUCUAUCAUGGAUGGCUGUUCGAAGGCGUGGGGAGGCAAAAAGCAGAGGAGCUGCUGUAUUUACCUGGAAACACAGUCGGCUCUUUUCUCAUCAGAGAAAGUCCCAAUCAACGAGGUGUGUAUUCUUUGUCUGUGAGACACAGAGCCAUUAAGCAUUAUAAGAUCUUCCGUCUGGACAACAGCUGGUACUACAUCUCUCCUCGUCUCACCUUCCAGUGCCUAGAGGACAUGGUCAACCACUAUUCAGACUCUUCAGAUGGCAUCUGCUGCAUUCUCUCAGCCCCAUGUCUAGCUUUUAACAGCACAGCUCCAAGUUCAGUCUCACAAGCGCCCCCUGUGGUGAUGCGCCGUAACUUCACCUGGAGAAAAGUCAACCACUCUCAGCUGGUGAACAGUGAUAAUCAGAGCACUGCGGACAGUAGGCACAGCAUGGUGAGCUACGGCGUGAGAAGCAGCAUUGCUGCCUACCUUUCCAUCGCUGAGGAAAAAGACAGAAAAAGCAGACGGAAAAAGAAGGGCUGGACAGUCUAUGGGAUGCCUGAUAACAGUAAUAUGGAGAGAGAAAACACAGAUUAGGACAUGGGCAUAUAUAUAUAUAUAUAUAUAUAUAUAUAUAUAUAUAUAUAUAUAUUUACCAUUGUAUGGAAAUACGACUCAAAGAACUGGUGGAUUGUGAUCGAGACUAUAUGAGCAAUAGACAUUCUGUGACUCUGAGCCUUUUGGAUAAUCAUGGACCUUUAGUAUCGAGUUGAAACAAAGAUCACUAUUGAAUGUCAUGGACUUUUUUCAAUGGCACUUUAUUUGAAAUAGGAGACACAAAAACAGUUUACAAAUACAUAUUUUAUCCAAAAUAUCUGUUUUGCAAAUCUUUUCAAGAAGACUUUUUUUUCUGUUUACUCAGUGAUUAAGUUUUUUUGUGCUGAAUUGCAGUGGAGGAACAUACUGAACCUCACAUAAACACCAGCACAAACAGCAUGCAAAACACUUCUUAGCUUGUCUUGGCUUAUUGCCUGAUGUUGUUAAACCUAAUGGAGUGUUGAUUAAACACAUUUAUUCAUGUCAAUUUA